GCCUUUCUCUCUUCUCCACCUCUCAUCGCAGCACGUCAAGAGAGGGCGGGCGGGAGCCCCAGAGGGGGCGCGGUUAAAAACCGCCGCCAACCAACAGAGAAGAAUUUUUAAUGCUCCGAGGAGGCAGAGAGGGAGACUCGGAGCCGUCGUCGCACCUGGAGUGGACGACCGCCGCCCACCGACACCAGGAGGAGCGCCGGCCACUUCAGGAGAGCGCGGGGGAGCCUGGCCCCGGCGGUGAUCUGAGUCUGUUCCAUUAUUUUUUCCCGCCCUCCCAUUCCAUGGUGCGCCUCGCUUGGUGGGGCACUCAGGGGCUUUGAUUUCCCUCAGACUCUGACAGGUCGAAAGGUUCAGACGAUAACAUGGACUGGGGAACACUGCAAGCUGUUUUAGGAGGGGUAAACAAACAUUCCACCAGUAUUGGAAAGAUCUGGCUGACAGUCUUAUUUAUUUUCCGUAUUAUGAUCCUUGUAGUUGCUGCAGAGGAAGUCUGGGGUGAUGAGCAAGAUGAUUUUGUCUGCAAUACUCUGCAACCAGGAUGCAAAAAUGUCUGCUAUGAUUAUUUUUUCCCCAUAUCUCACAUAAGACUUUGGGCCCUGCAACUCAUCUUUGUCUCCACUCCUGCGCUCUUGGUGGCAAUGCACGUUGCAUACAGAAGGCAUGAAAAGAAAAAGAAGUUCCAAAAGGGAGAUAAAAGUUGUGAAUAUAAAGACAUAGAAGAAAUCAAGAGUCAGAGAUUUCAUAUUGAGGGACCUUUAUGGUGGACAUACACUGUCAGUAUCUUGUUCAGGCUCAUCUUUGAAGCUUCUUUCAUGUAUGUGUUUUACUAUAUGUACAAGGGAUAUCACAUGCCUCGUCUCCUAAAAUGUAGUGUUUGGCCUUGUCCUAAUGUAGUAGAUUGUUUUGUUUCUCGGCCCACUGAAAAAACAGUCUUUACCAUUUUCAUGAUUGCAGUGUCUGGUAUUUGCAUUCUAUUAAAUGUAACUGAGUUUUCUUAUUUGCUACUGAAGUUCUGCACCAGGCGACCUAGAAGAACAAGAACCACAAAGAAUCACUCCAACCAUGAAAACAAAGAAGAAACUAAACAAAAUGAAAUGAAUGAGCUUAUAUCCGAUAGCUGCCAGAACACUGUAACAGGAUUUCCAAAGAACUAAGCUGCCCACAAACCUUGCAUGCAUUUGCUCUGGAACUAAUGAAUGGGCACAUUCAUGUGUGCCCAUGAAAUUGAUUAAUUGAGCAAUACUUCCGAGUGGAUACACCUGAGUAUUACUACAUGUUGAAAGUAUACAUGUGUUAUGUUUUCAAAAGGGCAACAGCAACACAAGAAUAGUAAGAAUAAUGAGGAUUAAAGAGAGUAUAUAAUUUUAUGCAGCUUCUUACCAAGUCAGCUCUGAUUUUUUAAAGAGUUAUAGUUAUUAGUUUCUCCAUUCUGAAACUGAUCCUAGCCUUAAAAGGAAGGGAUUCCUUCCAAAUUAGAUACUAUUAGCAUUAUAAGAUGCUUUAUCAUUGUGGUAGCAUUUUUGAAUUGUGAGCUUGUAUCUAAAUUUAAGUAUUUUUAUAAAGACUGAGAUUCCAUGAAUGAAUGAGUAAUAGUGCCUUCCUUUGUUAAUAUUAUUAUUCUCUUUAAAACAAGCAUGGAUAUAAUGUAUUCAUUCUAAUUACUGUUGGAAAUGAAUAAUUUCUAAGUAUAUAUCUUAAUGGUGUAAAUAAUUUAACAAAUAUUCUACAUGCUGCCAGUUAUAAAAUUCUAUGUGUUACAAUUCAUUAAUGAUAUAUUCAUUUUUAAUAAGAUAGGUACAUAUAUUUCAUGCAUUGUAGAAGUUCUUAGAAUAUUUCUUGUUUUUUAAGUUUUUUAACUGUUGUCUAGAAAUGGUAAGAAACAGGGUAAUUGGUUUAAAAUACUGUGAAGAAAUUUAUUUCAGUCAGCACAAG